AUGGAGGAUAGAAAAGCUUUCGUGGUCGGUAUUAGCGGGGCCUCGUCCAGCGGUAAGACGACGCUCGCCCGGCUGCUGCGCGACGUCUUCCCGGACACGUUUGUCCUGCACGAGGAUGAUUUUUAUAGGAAUGAGACCGAACUCCCUUACAAAGAAGGCCUCCUGGACUGGGACUGCGCCCAAGCUAUUAACAUCCCGGACAUGAAGCGGGCGCUGGAACAUAUCCGCGCCCACGGCACUUUUCCGCCCUUCGUCGACUCCAAAGAAGACCAAAACUCCGUCGGCGAGUGUCCGGUCCCCAACGCGGCCAUAAUCCGCGCCCGGGCCAAGGUCUCGCAGUGGCUGCAGCCGGGGCAGCCGGGCCACGCGGUCCUGGGCGCCGCCUCCGGCCUGCGCGUGUGCCUGCUGGACGGGUUCCUGCUGUACGCGCCGGACCUCGAGGCCGGCGGGAUCCCGGGGCUGCUGGACGCGCGACUCUUCCUGCUCGUGAGCCGCGCCAGCGCGACCCGCCGCCGCGAGCGCCGCGACGGGUACGUCACGCUCGAGGGCUUCUGGGCCGACCCCCCGGGGUACGUCGAGAAGGUCGUGUGGCCGAACUACGCGGAGUCGCACGCGGGGCUGUUCGUGGAUGGGGACGUGGAUGGCGGCCGCUUGGACGAGCAUGCGCUGCGGGAGAAGGGGAUUUUGGCGCAGACGGAUAAGGGGCUCGAUGUCGAUAUGGAGGUCACGUUUAAUUGGGCGGUGGAUACGCUGAUGAGGGAGUUGGAGAGGGCUUUUGGGGAGAGGAGAGGAGAGGAGGGGGAAGGGGAAGGGGAAGGGGAAGGGGGGGAAGGUGAUGUAGUGUGA